CUCGAUUGAUAAGCAGAAAGAGCCAGAGUAUCAGGUUUUGAAAGGUCACCCACCAGAGCUUCGAGAACAUAUAUCAAGGAGAUCUUGCGACAGGCCUGGAUCAAGUCUGGUAGAAUCGAGCCAUCAAACAAACCACCAUCUCUUUCCGAUCGCCAAAAACUUUCACAUCGCAAGUUACGAAAAUAGAUCGCAAACAUGUUCGAUAUCAUUCGGGAAGCCCCGCUAGGUAUGAUCGUCAACAGACUCACUGGCGAUCGAGUAUUCCGACAUCCAGAAGACGCACCAGGUUUCGAAUGGAUCCCGAGAUCCCUCAAAUUCGUGGAGAAACGCAUACCUACCCAGUCGGUCGUCGAUGAGAGUCUGGCGGUGACGCCGGCUUCGACGAAGAGCGAGACGAUCGUUGAUCAGACCGAUGUACUGGAUCAGCUGGAUCCCCUCACGGUGGUAGACUGGUACGAUGAUAACGACCCGGACGAUCCAUACAACUGGUCGAUGCUCAAGAAAUGCUUCGUAGCAGGUCAGAUCAUGUUGAUGACAUUCGCAGUUUACGGAGGAAGCUCGAUCUACACCUCUUCGAUCCCAGGGAUCAUGGAGAGGUUCAACGUGGGCGUCGUCACGGGAACAGCCGGUCUAUCCCUCUACGUCCUCGGCUACUCUUUCGGUCCGAUGCUCUUGGCACCCUUACAGGAGCUACCGAAAUACGGGAGGAACCCUAUCUACAUGGCUUCGCUGUUCAUCUAUAUCGGCUUUGUCAUCGCUUCGGCCGUGGCGAGCAAUAUAGAGACGAUUCUCGUAGCGAGGUUCUUUGCUGGAUUCUUUGGGUCGCCAGUCUUGGCCACUGGAGCGGCCAGCAUCGCCGAUGUUUUCGGUAACAAACCCUUGAUCGUCCCAGCCGCCGUUGGUCUCUACGCGAUUGGAGCCGUCCUGGGACCCACCCUGACCCCCUUCAUCGGGGGGUACGCGGCCAUGCGUUUCGGCUGGACCGCACCCAACUGGAUCUUGGCCGGCGUCUCUGGAUUCGCGUUUAUCGUCCUCUUCGUCUUCUUCCCAGAGACGCACCGACCGAACGUCUUGUACCGACGAUCGAGGCGACUGAGAAGAGUUACCGGGAACCCGAAGUUGGUACCGAGACAGGCGGGGUCGGGCAAAAAGUUGAGCGUCAAGGAGACGCUUUGGCUGCCCAUCGGGAUCUCGCUCGAGCCUGCUCCGUUAUUGUUGGGUAUCUACCUUGGUUUCGUCUACGCGCUCUUCUACUUGUUCUUCGAGAGCUUCCCUCUCGUCUUCGGUAACAUCUACGGGUUCAACCUCGGCGAACAAGGUCUUGCCUUCUUGGGCUACCUGGUAACCGCUUUCUUCACCUAUACUAGUUAUGUCCUCUACUUGCGAUACCGUAUUCGACCUUUGUCCGACUCGGGACACAUGACCCCAGAGGAUAGGCUUGAGAUUGGCUUGAUCGCUUCCACCUUGAUCCCGGUGUCUACCUUGAUCUAUGGCUGGACCGCACGAGAAUCCGUUCACUGGAUCGUGCCCGUCAUAGGAGCCAGCCUAUACUUGCCCGGAGUCUACCUCAUCUUCCAGUCGAUUUUGAUCUACGUCGGGACCUCUUACGCCACCUUCGCGGCGAGUGCUAUGGCUGGAAACACCUUGCUCCGAUCCGUUAUCGCAUCUGUGUUCCCCUUGUUCGGUCAUGCCUUUUAUGAGAAUUUGGGUUUAGGACCAGGAUCGACUCUAUUGGCAGGCAUCUCGAUCAUCUUGAUCGUGCCUCUCUGGUUGAUCAAGAGGCAUGGAGCGACAUUGCGAGCGAAGUCCAAGUACAGCGAUUACGACCCUAACACCGUUGUCACGGCGCACUAGAUGAAGAAUAGAAGAAGACAACGCUCGGUACCAAGCGCUUGUGAAGAACUUGAGGAUCGAAACCUACUGUAUCACAUAGCUAGAUGUCUACUUUUUCUAUAAUAAUAUACAUGUAUGAUA